AUGGUGAAGCGGGAGCAGCAGCAGCAGGCUUGCGUCAUCGAGGUGCUGGAUGCCCCGGUGGCGGCAGCGGCGGCGGGCUCGGAGCGCGAGCGCGUGCUUGGGCGGCUGGCAGAGCGAGAGGAGCAGCGCACCGCCACAACUGCCAGGCGCCUAGAGGAGCUGGAGGUCACCGCCGAUCCUCGGGAGUCCGUAGACGCUUUCUUGGAGGAGUUUGCCGAGCGGCGGCAGCAGCUCGAGGCAGCGCUGUCAGCGGCGGCUGCAGGGGAGCCCGGCAGCGGCACGGCAGAGCUGACGGCCCUUGCUAAGCAGAUUGCGGAUUUGGAGAAGGCAGUGGCCGAUGCCACAUACUUCCUCCCAGCCUACGACCUGCGCCAGGCCACGCUGGCCCUGGCCGCGUUGCGGGAGCAGCAGGAGGCGGCAGCAGCUGCCCUGCAGCCCCGCAAGCGGUUUGCGUUCAACCGCAAGGCAGCAGCGCCAAAGGAGCCGGAAGGCGACGCUGCCAGCAGCGACACUACCAGCAGCAACGGGGCGCUGGCAACAGGCCCGCCCGCCAGCAGCCAGCCACAGCAGGACAUGCAGCUGCCUGCAGAGCAGCAGUCUGCAGGGCAGCAGCAAGGCGCUGCUAUCAGCGGGCCCGACAGCGGCAAUUCCCAGGGCAGCACCAUCAGCGGCCUUCGGGGCCAGGUGCUGAUACUGAGCCGUGAGGAUGCGGCCGGCAAGGAGUUCACGCUGUCAGACCUUGAAGAGUGCACCAUCUACCUGCUAGCCCCGCUGGCAGCCCUGUUCCUGCACGGCCUGCGGCGCUGCAGGGUCUAUACGGGACCCGUGGCGGGCGCCUGCUUUGUGGAAGGCGCCAGCGACAGCACGUUGAUGAUUGCGGCGCGCCAGGUGCGCAUCCACUCCGCCGCCGCCACAGAUUUCUACCUGCGGGUGCGCAGCCACCCCAUCAUCGAGCACUCGGCGGGGCUGCGCUUUGCGCCGUACGCGCCCGCCUACCCAGGAGCGCAGCGGGACCUUGAGGAGCAGGGGCUGGCAGAGGAUGGUGCCGCCAUGUGGCGCCAGGUCAACGACUUUGGCUGGCUGCGGGCCACGUGCUCGCCCCACUGGACCGUGCUGCCCGAGUCUGAGCGGGCGGCGGUGCCGGCAGCCGCGGCGGCGCUGCCAGCGGCGUGA